AUGGAGCACAGAGUGAAGCAAGCGCGGGGAAAAACCACUUGCCUAAGGACGCUCGAUGUCGACGUAACCAUGCGUGACCAAAUGAAAACGAGCAACUUCUGCGUGAGCGUCACGCCGAACAGCAGCCCCAGUGGCAUCCCCAACAACGGCUGCAACGUAAAUGUGCCAACAGCCCCAAACGUAACAAAUUAUGAACGCGGUCAGAACAUUUUCAUGGGACAAAGCGCAAAUGGCAACGAUUAUAAUUUAGCGGCCAACCAAAAUAUGCUGAGUCAGCAAAAUGUUCUGCCCGACCAGCACCCCCCCGAGAAUGCAGGCAAUGGUGGAGGCAAUUAUGACGCCAAUUAUGGAGAAAAUUAUGCAGCCAGUUAUGCAGCCAAUUAUGAUAGCAGCUACGAUAGCAGAACGGACAGCCGCGCGAAUGAAAAUAAAACGAAUUGGACGAGCGGGAACUCCCUGGGAAACACACACUACGCGAGUGGCAUGCACAUCGCACUGAGUAAUGGCCACCCGUCGUAUGUAACAGAUGGGGACCAGAUUUUAUCUCAGGCGAAAGUUUUUAUGGCCAGAAAAAAUUUCGACAACGCGAGUGGCCCAAGGAGUUUGCAGUCAAGUGGGCACCAAGUUGCGCAGCACAGAUUGCAGCCGCGUUUGCAGUCAAAUGUGCCGCCAAUUCCGCCGCCAACUGUUCAGUCAACCUCCCGCGCGAGCAACAAAUUGCACAGCGUUAACUCUGAGCAGAAGAAUGCAAAUAUGUGCAACUACACUUCGCAGCAGAACGCUGCCCUGAACCAGGAGCACCAAAUGUUGAGUGCACAGAACGGUUACUGCCCUAGUAGUAACAGUAUGGCGAAGGGGAAUAGUCCUGCUAUGCUGGGGGUGCCUUACCACCCGCACGACAAUCUUUUAACCCCAAAUGUGCCCCGAAUUGGUGGAGGAAAUAUCUGCGCGACGAACAGCGCCGCUCAAGGACACCCAAACGGCAUGGCAAAAGGUACACAACGAAAUCAGGGUGCCAUGGUGAGUAGCCAAAUGAAUGCCUGGAAGGGAAACUACGACCUGGGGAAGGGCGACAGUGCGGUUGCACCGGGUAAUGUUCUUCCCUAUGCCAAUAUUAUCAACGGCGAAGGUGGAAAAAUGGGGGAAGAAAGCGCAAGAGCAACCGGAAGUAACUACCAAGGCGCAGUGGAUGGCUACGAUGGCAGUUAUGUUAGCAAAAAUUACGGCCAUGGUGGUGGUAGCGGUGGCGGGCAUGGUAGUGGUGGCGGGCAUGGGAACGUUGGUGCAAGUUGCGUUGGCGGGGCUAACGACCCGGGAGGGAACAACCACAGCCCCGCUGUUGGCAACGGUGCAUGCAGGAGCAGCCAAUAUAAGGGUAACAUCAUAACCCCGCAGAGUAACAGCAGCAGUGUGGGGCUAAACAUGAGUGGAAAAAAAUCUGAUCACAUUUUGCAGGGCAUGAGAAAGGUAGUAAGUGUAAAUGGCAAGGUGGAGACGAUGAUGGAGAUGCAAAUUGCACAGCAUGGUGGUCCCCCCAUAUUGAAUAAUAUCGAAGUGUUAAGCGACUACAACAAGGGCCAGGGGAAUUUUCGUGUAAGCGAGACCAACGCAGUACCUUUUUCUGGUGUGAAUAAGAACGGUGUUAAGUUUGUCGACCCGCGGAAAGGUGUUGACAGUUAUGUGACGAUGAGCGGCACCCCCUUGGGUGUGCCAAUGGGUAUUGGUACUGCCGGUGGUAGUGGUACUAGCAGUGUGCCAAAUUUUAGAAGCGCUGCGGAUCAUGGCAAACAAGUGAUUGAGGUUAGCAGCACACACGGCUCUAAACUUGACGCCCCAGCUCACCAGUCGAAUUUGUUAAGCAGUCACACGGGAGGCACUCUCCCAGGAAGUAGUAACGUCGAUAACAGCUUCGGCGCAGGCGGCCCCAACGUUAUCAACCAAACGGGUACUUCCUGGACGAUGCAAAACAGCAGUGUCGGCAUCGCUAGCGGGAGCGGCCUCUAUGGUGUCGGAAGCAACCACGCCAGCAAUUUCCCUAGUGGCCUAAAUGGUGCCGCACAGGUCCCCAAAAGGAUAGGAAAUUUCAUUACCAGGAGAAAUGCCAACGAUCCGAUUAGCAGAAGCAAAGGUGGUGGUCACAGCGGAGAUAAUCAUGCGAAUGGGAAUGUUCUCAGCAUUUACCACACCCACGUCCAGAGCAACAAUUUUGCGAGGGACAAUCCUGAAUUUGUAAUGAAUGCAAAGAAUGACAAUAAGAGCAGUGAGGGUGGUGACGCCUUUUUUAAUGGGACGACUGGCCACUUAGGUGGCGUGGUGCGAGCGGGGCACGCCGACAGUUACGCAAGUGUGCAGGGUAGCAGUCGGGUUAGAGGCCACGUCAGCGGUCAGGUUAGCGAUCAGGUUAGAGGCCAUGUAAGAGGUCAGGUUAGCGGUCAGGUUAGCGGCCACGUCAGCGGCCACGUCAGCGGCCACGGCACCUCCAUUCCAAAUGACAUGUCCAACGUGUUCGCCAAAAAGGCAAACCAGCAGUUUAACGUUCUAAAAAAUAUGAACCUAAUUCAGUCAAGCAGCUACCCAGCGAACGCAGCGAAGAAGCACGACAUGCAGGUGAAUAAUAUAAGUGGCUACCACGAGUCACAUUCCAUGCAAGAGGCGAAUAGCGGCAUGACAGGUGUGCUCCCCAGUUCGGUUAGCGGUGCGAUGGUUAGCGGUGGCCUCGUUAGCGGUGCGAUGGGGAGCGAUGCCCUUUCGAAUAACGGCCAAGCGACCCACUUUACCCCCUACGGCAAGAUCAACAACAACAGCGCCGACGCGGCGAAAGGAUCCUACCCGGAAAACGGUUCCCUAAAUGGAAACAAAUUUCUAAGCAACAGUAAUAAGUACCUUAACGGUAGUAGCCCCGUCGGCAACGGCCCUACGCAUAGUGGCAUUUUAAAUGCACCGAAGAUGAACCCAACUGGGGGCAGCAUCAUUGCCCCCCAAGGAUUCUCCAUGAACACCUCCGGCCAGGCCAUUUCGUCCCCAACGCAAAGCACAAAUGGGAAUUACAAUGCGAAGAAGGUAUUUUACGGUUCUAAGGCGAACACGUCGAAUUUUUACUCACCCAAAGUAGGGGAAUAUCCCAUGAGUAAUAACGGGGCAGUGAAAGGCACAGCUGGUAUGUACGGAGGUACUAAUAGGAACAACAAUGGUAUGCACAGCGGAAUGGGCAGUUCCAUUCCGAUGAGUGGACCUAACGGGCAGGUAAACAGCCUAACUAGCGUCCUCACCAACACAGCAAACCAAAUUGAUCAUCUCACGAAUAAUGUGAGCAAUACCCUCUCAAACAGCAUGACAAAUAACAUCGCCAACAAUAUGCAGAUUGUACACAAUAAUCAUAUCACACAGAAAAUAAACAAUAAUAUAUCGAUCAAUUUAUCCGGCGGAAUAAAUGACAUGAAGAAUUUGAACUUAGCCAAUAUUAAUCAUUUUAAGAAGAAUGUUUUUGGGCCAGUUAGCGUGGGGGGGACUCCUCCGAUGGGAAGCAGCGGCGGAGGAAGCGGGAGUGCCCAGAUAAACGGAAACUACGAUCUGCUAAAAAUGAUGACCAAUGGAAACCACCUCAACCCAGCAGAUGCAAGAAAAGGCUUGCCAAUGCAGAGAAGAGUAGUACCAGACUCCGGCGCAGCGAACGCGUACGGAAAAACGGACAAGUUUAAUGGCUCAGGAGUGGGAAGCCUAGAGGGCACAAGCCCCAUUGCCCAAUUCGGCAUGAUGGGAAAGGGGGCCAACGGCGCUGCAGCUAUGAGCAGUGUGAGCAGUGUGAGCAGUGUGAGCAGCGUGAGCAGUAUGAACGGUAUGACCACUCCUCUGUACAGCCCUUUCCAGGCUGCGCAAAAUGAAACUAUCGUACGGAGGAACCCCAUAAAAAUGAAAAACGCAACUGCGAAUGUAAUGAGUCCGGGUGGGAGCCUAAACGACCCAGUGCAUAAUAUGUAUUCCGUAAACAGUGCAAGUGGUAGUGUCAGCUCGAAGCACCUAACGAUGAACGAGUCGACACUGAAUAAUAAGUUAAUGGCGCUGAACAGGGAUGGAGGGCUACCCGCAGGCAACGGCCAGAGUUGCUACCCCGCAGAGAUGAAUGGAAAUGAGCUAAAUAUAGACUACAUAAUGGGUAAAGAAAAUAUGGAUUCACAUUUGGGUAAAAAAAGUCAACUGUUAGGCGAGCCCAUCGUGGGUAGUAGUAGUAGUAGGGGAUGUCCACCCCAAUUGGAUAAAAAUGAAUUUCCCCUCAUGAGGACGAAAAAAAUUUUCACUGACAUGCAUAAUGGCAAUGGUAUAAUGGCUACCUCGAAAAAAAGGCUUACUACACAGUCAAACAAGGUUAUGCAAUCUGGAAACAUCAUUAGCAGCAGUGGUGAUAGUGAAGCUAUGAAGACUAUGCACAGGGGAAACAACUUGAGAGGCAUUCACAGCAUGAAUCGGGUGAACACGUCUGAAGUAAAUGGUGGGAUAGGUUUGAUGGGCCCCUCCCGUGGCGGUAGCACCACUGGGUUGAACAAUCCGAACCAUGUAGCGAUGGGGAGAGCAUCGAGUGCGACCAAUUUGUCUAGCGCAGCCAAUUUUUCCAAUGGAGCGUUCCCCGCGGAGAAGGAAAACCUGCGGACACAAGACAUGAGCAUACUGUACAGCAGGGAUACCUCGAACUAUGGGCAGCACGGGUUCAGCCAGUCCAUGGAUGUUGUCCCACACACACAGAGCAACGAUCAGAAGAAUUCAAUUAACGUAAAAAAUAUUAUUAACAUUAAUAGCAAUUUUAAUAUGCUAAUGAAUAGUAUGAACAUGGAUGGGGUGGGCGGACUAAUCGGCAUGGAGAGGAGCAGCAAGGAGGGAGGAAGUAACAAUCUGAAGGGUGCCUAUUAUGGCAGCAAGAGUCGUUGCCCUGUUGGUAGUACUGGUGCGAGUAAUCCGCUGUACAAGGACGGUAUUAAUGUGGCCUAUAAGCUGGGGAAUAACUUCUCCAGCAAGGGAAGCAACACAGCCGCGGUUAGCACUGCUCAUGUUAAGACUGCUCCUAUUAACACUGCCGCUGUUGGGUCCUCCUCCGAUGGGUACAGCAAGAUGGGGAAGGAGACCAACGGGAAGAGUAACACAGUCGGGAUGAUGCAGGGACAGCUGCAGUUAAGUAAUAAUGCGCCAACAAAUGCCUUGGCGGUGAAUUACUCCAUGCAGAAUAUACUGAGCAGAAGUAAAAAUGGAAAUUUUAAUGUCUCUAGGAAUGGCUCAGGUAUUACCUCCCCUACGAAAGCUUCCAGUGGAAUCAAAUUAGACACCCCAAAUAGUGUUCUGUACAGCAUAGCUAUGAAUUCGCGUCUUCAGGAUGCUGCGAGUGGGAAAUCCAAAUCGAACUCGUCCGCAAAGGUCAGUGGCAUUCUCUUUCAGGAUGACCUCAUGUCGAUGGGUGCAGCAAAUGCGACUCGGAAUGGGGUUGGCACGCCUCUCAAUGGAGUGGGAAGUUUCGGUGCGAAUAGGAAAAACGCUCUCGAGUAUACAGUGCAAAGCAUCAAUAAGGAGCAAAUCGCUAUGGCUAGCGCUACUGCGAAUGGCUCUCAUGCGAAUGGGCUUAAUGGGAACGGGCUUAAUGGGAAUGUCCUUAAUGACCGGGACCACCACCACUACCCCCAGCUAGCCAAUAUGCCCAUGCGACAGAAUAUUCCAGAAGUGAAAUCUAUAUUUGGAAAAGGUUCCCAUAAGAGAAAAAAAUCCGAUGGGGUAGGAAAAUCAAAUGAACAGGUCAAUGGUGCAGACUUGUUGGCUAGUCCCAAGAGGGCAAGAAAAAAGAAGAGUGAUCAUGUCAGUCAUUCCUCCGGAUUAUCCAAUAAUGAGACAGUAUUGAAAUCAUCCGAGAUGGAAAUGAGUAUCAGGAAUGAUUCUCACUGGAAUUCGAACCUACGUAAUGGUAAUUACAAUAAGGCUGAAUGUGCCAACAGGAUGCAGUACAUGUCGAGCGGACAAUCGUGCAUUGAAAUUGCUGACGAGGAAGACACGUUGUCGCUUGGGAAUGACGCAGAGGGAAAAGACACCUUCUACGUGGAAGGAACUACUGAGUGUAGAAUUGCGAGUGAGGUCUAUACUGCACCGGGCGGUAGCGAUGGUAGGAAGUACGACCUGGAGAGUGCCCAUCAGCACCGCGUAGCUGACGUGGCAGGAGGGGAAGAGAAGAGCAUCAGAUUGACGGGUACGAUAAAGGGUCUAACUAGCAUCAAUCAUAUAAGUCAAGAUAUCGAAAAUGUGCAUUCAGCUUUUCCGCACACAGGUGAAGGAAGUACUAAUGAGGUAGGAAAAGCAGCCAUGGGAGCAGCCAUUGAAGAAGGCACUGCAGCGGGGUGCAGUUCUCUUUCUUCUCCUCACCCCGGUGGGGGAUCUCCACGGGGAACCCAUUUCAGCAAGCCAGGUUCUCACCUUUCCCUACGCAGCUGGGAGGAGGAAGCGGUUAAUAACAACUAUGUAAGCGAUGUUUCGUAUCCAAGCUGUGCAAUCAAUAGGAGUAAUAAACAGACGAAGGACGACGCUUCUUUGGAGGAGAGUCCCAAUCUGGUGGACUGCCCCAGCGUAAAUGAUGCAAAGGAUGAGGAGAAGAAUGUUAUCGAAAUGAGCAUUAACAUGUCGCUCAAAAAUAUAGAGGAGUCCAUUACCAAGUACAAUGAAUCGAGAAAAAAUAUGGACACGCAAAAUGGGGAAAACGGCGCCAUGGCAGAUGCAGAUGAUGAUGCCACUUUGGCUAGCCACCGUGCCGACUGGAUUAAUGACAAAAGGGAUGGACACACAAGCGGCAAGGACUGUGGUGAGUAUAUUAUUUAUUCCACGAUAGAAGAAAUGUUUAACGAUCCUGGUGUAGACAAUUCGAAUGAAGGACAUGAGGGCAGGAAUGGGGAUAACCGUUUGGGCAAGGCGGGCAGCAGGGAAGAGAGCAGCAGGGAAGAGAGCAGCUUCGACGAUGCGGAGCUAUGCGAUAAAGGUAUUGGCCAACCGCUCAUGGAAGUGGUCAUCCAAUUGCCCAGGAACCCCAACGGGGAAGUUCAUGCGGCGAACCAACCCCACGGGACGGAACAAGAAGGGGCAACGCGCAGAUGUUCCCACGAGGGGAACAUCAUCGCCUACGAUAGGAUACUGCUGGACGAUGUUUCUAAGGUGAACUAUGAGGCGCUGUAUAUGUGUAGCGGCGGGGAUGAUCUGAGUGAUGGGAAAGAACCGGUGAAGGGGGAAGAAGCAUAUCCCACACAGAAGAGUCAUGCCCAUAGCAACAUCUCCUUUACGAAUGAUCCGAGGAGGGAUAAUCAGACUGUCAUUCUGUCCGUGCACAAUUUGGAAGACGGCGAAAGAUUUCACGUAACAAAUAGAGCUUAUAACAUUUUUCAAGAACAAAAGGGGGGUAAAAAGGCGAAAGAAUUUGAGGAAGGUGGUACCACUACAAGCGUAUUGGAUGAUGAGAAUGAGGAUGGCGAAGAAAAGCUCGAGAAGGAGACGACUGUGCAUUAUGCGCCUGGAAGGAACAGACAAAAUGGAGACCGCGCGUUUGAUGAGGUUAAUUAUUGUGUCAGCGAAGAUGAUGACAGUGAUUACACCCUCAAUGGAGGGGAUGGCGGAAGUGAAGACGGUACCAAUAAGGAUGUCCGCAGUGAGGAAAAAAUUGCAAACGAGCGAGCAGACGGAAAAGAAGUGACUCCUCCAACAGAAAUCCUGAAUGAAAGAAAAAGAAAUGUCCUGCGAGUACAUAAUUUUAGGGAAGAGCAUCCUAAUAAGACGCAAAAGUUGACAUCGCUUUUGAGCCAGAAGAUGAUGGAUGAACUGGAGGUGAUUUACCAGAAUAUAAAAAAAGUGAAGUGUGAUGAUGGAGAGAAAAUAAAUUUCAGUCUUUGUCGAAAGGUUAAUCGGGAAGAAUUCAGGGCAGUAUGGAGUUACUUAGCCGGCAUCAUGGACGAGAGUUACAGGAAGGAGACCAAAUUAAAAGUUGUCAAACUUGUCAGAUCAAAUAUGCUGCAGCAGGUUUUUUAUGAGAAGGGAGAGAAUCCGAAAAUGCUCACGCUCGAUUUUCAUGUGAACGCCCCCGAGGAAAUGUCCGAUGUCCAGGCAGGCAUUGUACGGUUAGAAACUUCCUUCAUAACAAGUGAGGCCAUGAAGAGGGAACUCGGCACUCUCAUCAGUGGCAAUUUCGACAUCACAUUGGAUUCCUUAUCUGUCUGCACUUCACCUGUUUUUAAUAUGUAUAGGAGUAGCAGCAAUUUUAGCAUGCUGUCUACGUUUCACGGCGAAAUUAUCCAGUUGUACGUUUCCUCGGCGAACGCCUGCAAGGGGAUCAUCGAACUGCGCGAGGAUGCAAGUGCCUUCGAGAACACAGAGAAGAAGUUCCUGAUAAGAAUCCACGCCAACUGCCCAGAUCUUCACGAAUUUUUUAAUAGCUUUUAUGAGCUCAUUUUUUAA